AUGGGUGUCUAUGUGAAUCUACUUGAAUAUAAUAAUAGACAAGGUAUGAUUUUAUUAACUGAAUUAUCACGUCGUCGUAUUCGUUCAAUAAAUAAAUUAAUUCGUGUUGGUCGAAAUGAAGUUGUUGUUGUUGUUCGUGUCGAUCGUGAUAAAGGUUAUAUUGAUUUAUCGAAACGUCGUGUAUCACCAGAAGAUAUUAAUAAAUGUGAAGAAAAAUUUGUUCGUGGAAAAACAGUGAAUAGUAUUCUUCGUCAUACAGCUGAAGUAUUAGGAAUAAAAACUAAUGAAGAAUUUGAAGAAUUAUAUGAAAAAACAGCUUGGUAUUAUGAUGAAAAAUAUAAACGACCAGGUGCAGCUUAUGAUGUAUUUGUACGAGCUGUUAGUGAUGAACAUGAACUUGUUGAUUGUCAAGUAGAUGAAAAUACAAAAAAAAUUUUAAUUAAUAAUAUUCGACGUCGUCUUACUCCUCAAGCUGUUAAAUGUCGAGCUGAUGUUGAAGUUGCAUGUUAUGGUUAUGAAGGUGUCGAUGCAGUUAAAGCUGCAUUAAGAGAAGGUCUUAGUGCAUCAACAGAAGAAAUGCCAGUUAAAAUUAACCUUAUUGCUCCACCACUUUAUGUCGUUACAGCAACAUGUCUUGAUCGAAAUGACGGUCUUAAUGCAUUAAGAAAUGUUAUUGAUAAGAUUAAACAAGGUAUUGAUCAAUAUCGUGGAAUAUUUAAAAUUAAAAUGGAACCUAAAGUCGUAACUGAUAUUGAUGAUGCUGCACUUCAAGAAGCUAUGUUGGAUGCAGCUAUUGAAAAUACUGAAAGACCUGGUGAUGAUAAUGAAGAUUCGGAUGAAGAUGAAGAUGGUGGCAUUAAAGGUAAAUUACCUGGUGAAGAUGAAGAUGAAUCAACAGCAGUUGGAGGAGCAGUCAAGGAAUCGAAAACAGCAUCACAACGAAAUGCAGCAAAUGGCGAUGACGAUGAAGAUGAUGAUGAUGAAGAUCAAGAUUAA